ACGACUCGGGGCGCCUCUGCAGUGCACCGUCCCGCCUUCAGGAGAGCAGAGCGCGGCGCCCGGCCGGUCUAAUGCCGGCUAUGCGGGGAGGCGACUGAGCAGGAGUGGAUGCAAUACCCUACUCCAGGAUGAAUGAGUGCCACUAUGAUAAACGCAUGGACUUUUUUUAUAACAGGAGUAAGACACACACGGCAGAUGAGUGGUCGGGGACAACUCUUGUCAUUGUUUUAUGCUUUGGGACUUUCUUCUGCCUCUUCAUUUUCAUCUCAAACUCACUGGUCAUUGCUGCUGUGGUCAAAAACAAGAAGUUUCACUUCCCCUUCUACUAUUUGCUAGCCAAUCUAGCUGCUGCAGAUUUCUUUGCUGGCAUUGCUUAUGUAUUCUUGAUGUUCAACACCGGUCCAGUGUCCAAAACAUUAACUGUUAAUCGGUGGUUUUUGCGCCAGGGACUUCUGGACACCAGCCUGACGGCUUCUCUGGCCAACUUACUAGUAAUUGCUGUUGAGCGGCACAUGUCCGUGGUGAGGAUGAGUGUUCAUAGUAACCUCACAAAGAAGAGAGUCACUUUUUUCAUUUUGUUGAUAUGGGCUGUUGCUAUUUUCAUGGGUGCAGUGCCCACCCUGGGCUGGAACUGUCUCUGUGACAUUCAAACGUGUUCUUCUUUGGCACCUAUUUACAGCAGGAGCUACCUGAUAUUCUGGACAGUUUCCAACCUGGGGGUUUUCUUCAUCAUGGUGGUGGUGUAUAUAAGAAUCUACAUGUACGUCCAGAGGAAAACAAAUGUUUUAUCUCCUCACACUAGUGGAUCCAUGAGUCGCAGAAGGACUCCGAUGAAGCUUAUGAAGACUGUUAUGGCUGUGUUAGGUGCCUUUGUUGUGUGCUGGACUCCUGGUCUCAUAGUUUUGCUCCUCGAUGGCUUGAAUUGUGCUCAGUGUGAGGUUCAGAAUGUAAAGAGGUGGUUCCUUCUCCUGGCUCUGCUGAACUCUGUCAUGAAUCCGAUUAUUUACUCUUACAAAGAUGAGGAGAUGUCAAGUACCAUGAGGCGGAUGAUUUGUUGCUCCGCUGAGGAGAAAAACCAGGAGCGACGUUCUUCCAGGAUCCCUUCCACAGUGCUCAGCAGGAGCAUAGAUUCUUCCAGCCAAUACCUAGAGAAUGGCAUUAGCCAGGGGACUAUUUGUGGCAAAGCAAGCACAUGAGCUGUUCUGGUUUUUGUCCUGAAGAUGUGGGCUGCACAGUGGCAAGUGAGCCCUGAAUCAGCUGAAACCACUGGACCUUGAAACUACAGAAGAAUUUGUUCUCUCUGUACCAAAUCCCUGAUCCCAGAGUUACUUCACAUCCUUGUAAAUAAUUGCCAGAUAAAAAAACAUGAACUGAAAGGGGAAAACGGAACGUAAUACUUUCACUAGAUGAAGAGUGAGCUUAUAAAUCCAGAAACACAGUACAAACCACAUGUAUAGAACUCCCCAAAGCCCUGGUUCUCAGCAAGGCGGUAGACCUGUGUCUGCCGCCAUUUCAAACUUCACAAUAGGCUUACGUGAUUGAAUAUUUCUCCGAUCCCAGUGCACAGAAACUAUAAAUGUCAGAGAGAAAGGAUCUAAAUUAGUCAUCUCCCAGACAUGCAUCCUCUAUAUAGAGCAGAAUUUCUUUUGUUUUGGAAGAGUAUUCAGUCAUGACAAUACCCACUUUCAGUCUGAAAUGGUAUAGUCCCCACACAGGUAUACCACCUUGGCAUCGGAGCUGCAGCCUGAUCCUAAUCAUACCUGCUUGGAGGUCAGCCCCAUUUUGUACACUGGGACUUGUUCCAAGAGUAUGCUUGGGAAUAGACCCUAUUGAACAUGGUGUGAAUUGUUUCUGAUUGCAUAGAAUGAGGCUUCUAUGGAUGUUUUUCAACAAAAUGUGUUGAUGAAGAUUUUUCAGGAUGUAAGUUAGGCCUGGAGGGGUUAAAUAUGUCCCAUUUGAAAAAACAAAAUCAGUGUAAUGAUUUCUGUGCAUGCCACCUUCCUUUUCAAAUGGGAUAGUUGAAAUCAUUUCUGAAAUACAUUUAAGCAUGUAACAGGCAUUCAUUUGGCCUCCUGAUAACAAGUUAUUCAAUGUAUAUACAGCUGCUGUGGCUUAUUAAUGGGGACAAAACUGUUACCCAGAAAGGAAGAAGCAAGUCCCUCCAGCCACGUGAGCUAAAGGAGGCUCUGUGGGGGUUGAUGGCAGUGUUUUGACGCCUCUCGGCUUAAAACCACUAUAAAGCUUCCUGCCUGCCUUACUAACCUAAGAUCAUCAGAAGCUUGGUUAUUAAAUUAAACUUCCAUUCAUUGGCUUUUUAGAAGUAUUAGUAGAUUUUAUGAUAAAAGUGACUGGGGAAAAGCAAAAAGGAUUGUUUGUGUACUUAUGGUUUAUGGAUCUAAAUCCUUUCAGGUUGGUACUGGAACUCUGAAAAGACUUCUGCAAAGGCAUGGGAUUGUAUAUAAUUUUAUUUCCAUUUUUUAAAAAUCCCUACUCAAUAUGCACCAAAUAAUUUUCACACUGUACAUUUUAAGUGUUUUCAUCACCUGCACACUGCGUGUGAGAUCAGGGGUAUAUGUAGUAUGAUGGCCUGGUAUUUUAAAAUAAAUGCUCUGUGUGUAAAUUUUGGGCACCUCAUUGCUUGGGGACCAUCUUGAGAUACUGAGGUGCUUUUAGAAGUGGCCUGGUCUUGAGAUUCUUGUCCAAAGUGCUUUCAGAUAAAGAUUUGCAGCCUCCCUAAGGAUUAGAAAUACCAUUGCUUAUUUGCAUGAACUAAUUUACUCAAAUGCAUGUAUAUUUUAAAUUAUGCAUUCCCUGGUGCUGAGAACUAGUAAAAUGUUAUGCCAA